ACCCAAAACUAAUUUUUCCAUUUUUUCUGAAAGAUUAAUUUAUCGAACGCCAAAGCAUGUUUCCUCGUAAUUCUAGGAGAUGGCUUUUCAUCUCCUCGUUCUGCUCUAUUUGACAUUCUUCAACCUGUCCAUGUCCCAGCUUGAUUCUCACUGGGCAGCUAAGAGAAGGCACAUGAAGGAGAAAGUACGCCAGAUGUUUUAUCAUGCAUAUGAAAACUACUUGACCCAUGCAUUUCCGCAUGAUGAAUUAAAGCCUCUUACAAAAAGCUUCACUGACUCCCUAAGCCAGCUUGGAAAUCUUAAGCUUGAACACUUACCUCAAGACUACAAUGGAUCUGCCCUUACACUUAUCGAAUCGUUGUCCAGCCUUGUCAUCAUGGGUAACAACACAGAAUUUGAAAGGGGAGUUCUAUGGCUCUCUGAAAAUUUAACAUUCGACGUUGAUGCCAGGAUAAAUCUUUUUGAGUGCAACAUAAGAGUUCUUGGGGGACUUAUUUCUGCUCAUAUUCUUGCAACUGAUUCUGCAAAUAGGUUGGUUCAAGGAUCUUACAAGAAUCAACUACUUACAUUGGCUGAAGACUUGGGGAGACGCUUUCUACCAUCAUUUGAUACUCCUACAGGAUUACCAUAUGCUUGGAUUAACUUAAAGCAUGGAGUUAUGGAGAAUGAGACAACUGAAACAAGCACCUCUGGAUGUGGUUCUCUAAUUCUUGAAAUGGGAGCAUUAUCACGACUUACUGGUGAUCCUAGAUAUGAAGCUGCUGCUUUACGCUCUCUUCGUAAGCUUUGGAGCAUGCGCAGUUCUUUAAAUCUACUGGGUACAACAUUAGAUGUAAUAACUGGGGAAUGGAUCGAGUAUUCAUCUGGUAUAGGGGCUGGGGUUGAUUCCUUCUAUGAGUACCUCUUCAAGGCUUUCGUGCUUUUUGGGAAGGAAGAUUAUUGGAGAAUGUUCCAUUCUGCGUAUCUUGCAGUGCAGAAAUAUUUCAGACACGGUCCUUGGUACCAUGAAGCUGACAUGAGAACUGGAAAAGCAACCUAUUGGCAGCUCACAAGUCUCCAAGCAUUUUGGCCUGGUCUGCAGGUUCUUGUUGGGGAUAUCCCAGCUGCUAAUUCAUCACAUCGCGAGUUUGUUCAUGUAUGGGAAAAGUUUGGAGUACAACCCGAAAGGUAUCUUCUGGAUCAUCAAAUGUUACAUCCUACAGAGAAAUAUUAUCCUUUGCGUCCUGAAUUGGCAGAAUCCACAUUCUAUUUGUAUCAAGCCACCAAAGAUCCAUGGUAUAUGGAAGUUGGUGAAUUAAUUGUCAACUCUCUUAAUUUGUACACCAAAGUGGAAGGUGGUUUUGCUAGCAUUAGAGAUGUAACAACAAUGCAAAUGGAGGAUCAUCAACAUAGCUUCUUUCUUGCAGAAACAUGCAAGUAUUUAUACCUUCUUUUUGAUGAUUCAUUUUUGGUUGAUCGGAACUAUAUAUUCACAACUGAGGGUCACCCUCUCCCAGUUUUAAGUUCUUGGCAUGAGAGGCUGCCAGAGACUUACAUUCCAACCAACUGGACUUUUUUCAAGGUUCAGACGCAAAGAAGGAAAGCAAGUGCUAUGUCUUUACAAGUCUGCCCUGCAACAACUUUGAAUCCAAUCCAUGGUGACCAACAGGUUGAGAGUGCUUGUCAUGUCCCCGAUGCUCGUAGUGACCACAGGUGUUUCAGCCAUGAUGAUUGCGGAGUUGAUGCAAUUUCUUGUAGGCAUAGAUCAUGUAGCAUUGCCGGUUACUGUGGAUUAUGGUUGUACAUAUAAAAUCACGGCAUGUCAAGUAGCAUGUUCUUUAUUCUUUGAAACCAGAGUUACAUCUUGUUUCGAGAAAGGUUGGGGAUUUUGGAAGUAGAUUUCAAAAGGUUGUAAACUAGUGCACCCAGUUCUGGAAAACAGAUCUCUCCAGAAAAGAUUGGUAGACCCACAGGAAAGUUGGUGAAUACGGUUAUCAUAAGGUUGUAAACUAACAGACUGGUCAGAUGAAUGGACGACAGAAAUUGUUGUACAAGAGGCAGUUGAUUGAUCUUCUGCUACUUUGCCUUUGGCUUUUGUUUUAUAGGUCUUUUUUUCCUUGA